AUGUCCACCUCCAUUGGUCAUCCCCCGCGUCUACGAAACAAGGUGAAGCAUAUACUCAGCUCAACUAUGCUCUGUUGUGGUCGAAAGAAAGAGACUCGAGAAGUGGAGUCGCAGGCGAUGUGUGAGGAGGCGCCCCGGCGCCCGCUCUUGCGCGGGGGCGGCGCCCGACUCAUGCCCGAGAUGGUGGUGCAGAGCGACUUCCGGAAGGUGAGCGGCAUCUCGACCGAGAUCUUCCGCCAGAUCGAGGCCGUCGAGAAGGACUUCGACCCGCGGGCCGCAGAGGCCGUCGAGAAGCGGGGCGAGAUGAUCAUCCGGCUCCUGGAUCCGGCCUCGCUCGGACGGGUCGGCGCCGAGGCCUGCCGCCGCUACCUGCGAUUGGCCGACGCCGGCCACGUGGUGCAGUUCGUCGAGAUCGUCAAGCGGCCCGGACAGACGCUCGGACUAUACAUCCGGGAGGGCGAUCUCCUCACCCAGAGCGAUGGCGUCUUCAUCUCCCGGAUCGCCCUCGAGAGCGCCGUCUACAGCAGUGGCCUCCUCAAGGUAGAGGAUGAGAUCCUAGCUGUAAAUCUGGUCGAUGUCCGGCAUGUGAGCCUGGAUGACGUUGUCAUCAUCAUGUCCAUCCCUCGUCGUCUUGUAUUGACCAUUCGGUCUCGCAUCAGUGGCCGAAUGACUGCUGCCAUGGCGGCUCGACCAGCUCUGGAUGAAGUUCGACCCCCCGUGGUGGUGGUAAAGAAAGAAUUCGUCGAGGAGCCGAAUGAUGAUUACAAUGCACCGAAUGACUGGAUGCGAGUGCCGCCUGCUAGGACACAAGUCAUGCUGGAAUCUCAUCAUCAAGUACCAAAUCAAAGGCAGCAACCUGAUGUGGCACCUUACUACUCACAGCUAAGCCACAUGGGGACUCCGAAACCGCACGAGAUCUGGGGAGAUCCGCAAGCCGUACUCACCAGGCAGCCCAAGCCACAGCCCAACUUUCCAACUACACUAGCUGAACAUACGAAAUCUGUUUCCAUGCUUUAGGUCCAUACGUUCCAUGCGGAAGCCACUGAUCCUCGUCGGUUGUUCUUCCCGCCGCACCAACAGCAAGUCCAUCCUCGGAGUGAACGCAACUUACCGGAACGGUACCGGUACCUUGAAGACCCAUCUUUGAGGACUCGGUCCACGAGGUUGCUGAGAACCGAAAGCGAGCAACGUAUUUCCACACUCGGUUCAGAUGCCUAUGACCGGUACUACUCGCUUGGAAGACCUCUGAGGAGAUCUGGUUCUGGAUUGUCUGUCACGAUGCAACGCCGUGGAAGACCUAGAAGAGCUGCCGAUGAGAUUAGCCAGCCCCUGCAGCCCCAGUCGGUAGCCAACCUGAGCAACCGGCGCAGGACCCAUUUAGAAGGCAGCGCAUCCGACACGGAAGCAACCGAAGGCGGCAAAGGCAGCAUGGCUCAGCGGCAGCGGGGCAUCGCGCGGCCCGCUUUCCCGCCACCAAGGGCCUACGGCACCCCCCAAGCAGCACGGAGCAACUCCCUGCCCCGGGUUCGUAUGUCCGAGAUGGACUUCCGGAGAUUCCAGCAAAUAACUCAGCAGCAGCAACCUCAGUCUGCAGCCGUUCGGCUCCUGCCCUACGAUUCGCAAUCGGAUAGCGAUGGGGCGCUCUCGGCCCCCGAACUGCCCGCCACCCGGAGUGGACGAAGAGACAGAGCUCGACGUAUGACUUCACCAAUUUUCACAUCUGCGGAGUAUAGCCAAUGGUUGACUCGGGCACCUUCCACAUCGGCCCUCUACGACCGAACUCGAAGAACUCCUGGAGUAAGAUCUCAACUGCCAAGAAGCGCUCACAGUGCUGAAUCCCUUUUAGAUAGACUGAAACAGGAGGAGGAACGAGGUCUCGGCCUUCCUACAUCAAUAUCAACAUUGUACACUAGAAGACCUAUGCUGCGAUCAGCAACUGAUCUCGCAUCAGAACUGGGUCGUCACACCAUUCCUCAUCAGCCUACUCAUCAGACGCUACUCAGUCACCCUUAUAUACUGGAAUACCUGCGGCAAAUCCCCAACCCUACUCCCGUCAAGCCAUCAGAGGAGCGCCUGCAUCUGCUAACACUCAAUCCUCGAGAGUUUCUCAAGUACCGACCCGAAAAGGAUUCGGAAACAGUAUUGGGAGGCGACGGGUUCAGUGGAUUACUGUGGGUUCACUUGCUGGCCGGCCGUGGACUGCGAUCGACAAGUCACAGUGAUCACUUCCGGGAUCUAUACUGCGUCAUCGAGUGUGACCGCGUUCACAAAGCUCGCACGGUUGUCCGAACGGGAGAGCACAGUUUCGAUUGGGAUGAAGUCUUCGAGCUGGAGCUGGUGGACAACACCGAAGUCGCCUUUCUCCUGUACAGUUGGGAUCCACAGUUGCGCCACAAACUUUGCUACAAGGGAUCGGUUCAUCUGUUGACGAUUCUGCGCGAGUCUCCCUCGCACAGUUUAGCUCUGAAGAUGGAACCGAGGGGUACGCUCUAUCUAAAGCUGCGCUACAGAGAUCCCCGACAGACAUUCCAACGUCUACCGGCUCAAAACCCAAAUUCAUUGUUUGGAGUUGAUUUGGAGUCGGUGGUUAUUCGAGAGAACUCCGGGUUCUCUGUUCCUUUAAUAGUCAAACGAUGUGCAGAAGAAGUGGAAAGGAGAGGAUUAGACAUUGUGGGAAUCUACCGACUCUGUGGAUCGGCAGUGCGAAAGAAAACCUUGAGGGAUGCUUUUGAAAGAAAUUCUCACAAUGUUGAUCUUUCUGUGGACCACGUGCCAGAUAUCAAUGUAAUAACUAGUGUUUUAAAGGAUUAUCUACGAGAACUACCAGAGCCUUUGUUCACUAAAGGUCUAUUCGACAUGCUCGUAGAUGGAUUUAGUGUCUGUCUGCCAGACGAUCCCGAAGGAAAUGCCAAACUCAUGUUCAGCAUUUUAGACUGCUUGCCCAAGGUCAAUAGGUGUACUGUGUUAUAUUUAAUGGACCAUCUAAAAUUAGUAACUGGACACAGCGACCGCAACAAAAUGAGCAGCCAAAGUCUGGCGAUUUGCUUUGGACCAGUUGUUAUGUGCCAUACUGAAACAGGCGCACCAGUAGCAGAUCUUCGAAAACCUAUCGAAGUUUUUAAAUAUCUAUUAGAGAUCUGGCCAGCAAAGAGGCCAAUUCCGCCGGGGAGUGGAAGCAGCAAUUCGAGUGGCUCGAACGGAGUUCCUGAAGACCGAACGCAAAGUGGAGGAGGAAGAGGAGCACCUCCAAAGAAACCAAUGGCUUGGGUCGGACAAAGACCCCUUCCAGAGUCUUCUUGCUGACAAAGAGCUCAAGACUUAAAUGUGAUUAAUCCCAGAUAAAUUAUAAUGUUGGAGAAUCAAGAAUUGCGAGUUUAAAUGGUGGGAAGAACAAAGUUUGAUUUUAGUCCAUGGUCCAUAUUUCGAAGCUUUAGUUUAAAUGUUAUUAAUCGGAGGUAUUGUGACUAUCGCAGUCUACGUUAUGUCUUGAAAACUUAGAUUAGUGAUGCACAAUCUAGAGGGCAAAGGUACUUUGCAUUGUGGAAAAACAAAUCGUGAUUAUCGCUUUACAUCUUUUAUAUAAAAAUCAUUUUAAUACGCCCAAAAGAGCAAUCAUUCCAUUUCAAUAUUAUCCUCAAUAUUUUUUGACCUUGCAGAUGUAUAUUAAUCCACGUUACCUAUUCACAACUUGAGUGGGGAGGAUUAGACGUGAAGCGUAAUACGAAUUUGGAUAUUUAAUUGUAGACCGUAGAUUGCUGUAACUCAUCAAAUGAAAUGCAAAUAUCAUUUGCUGCUCUAAACAAAAGGGAUUUCAGAGCAUAAAAUCAGACCUGUGUGAAAAGAUUCCGAUUAUUUUUUGAUAGAAAUGUAUCAUUCUGCUUGAGUGAAAGUGCAUAUCAUACGUAGAAAGUCUCACAAACCUGAAACUGUGUUGAAUAGACUCAGCAGAAUGUUCACUUAGAUUCGAGAUUUAUGGUGCUGAUACGUUUUUAGUUUGUAAAUAUGUAUAAGAAGUGAAGUACAUGGACUCGGUGCUCUGUUCUUCCCACGGGUAGCAGCCACCGAUUUCGGUGGCAAAAGCUGGUUGUUCUUUUUUUGUUCUAUCUAGAAGCAGUUUUCCCGAGAGAGCAGAACUAUAUUGGUGUGUCUGUGCCCUUUUCCUCCCCUUUAUGCAAAGACAGACGAAAAAUGUUUACUGUAUGAUCCGUUAAUAAAGUAUCCAUAUGACCAC